AUGGUACAACGUUACGAUCCUAUUCAUGAUGUGCUGGUGGACACUGGUGAUGAGAAGCACACAAAAGAGGAAGCUAAAAUUGAUUCGGAACAUCAAAAUGGAUCUGUUGAGACAGUGGCGAAUAAAGAAGAUACAAAUGAAGAAUCACAAGACAAUAAAGAACCGCUAAAGGAAUCAACUGAUGGAAAUAGUACUGGUGAUGUUCAUAAUGAUGCAUCUCAGGAUACUGAAGAAGAAGUGAUUGAACCAGAACAAGAAUUAGAAACAACAGAAUCAACAUCAAAUUCAACACCAACAGUGGCGACAACAACAACAUCUGCAUCAACAAAACCAAUAGAAUCAGCAUCUACAUCAUCAAAUACUCCAAAUAAAAAGCAUAAAUUAUCACCAUCACCAACUAAAACUCCGUUGAAAAAGUUUAAGAAACAUCAACAUAAAAGUGCCACUGUAUUAAGUUCAGCUCGUUCACGUCAUUUGAAAAAAGAUGAUGGUCGUCCAUUCUUAAGAAAAGAUAUCCAAUUUCAAUUCCUAAAAGAUCUUUUUGAAGAUGAUACAAAAGCUUUUAUUGAUCCAUAUGAAGAUUCAAAAGAUAGAGUUGUAACUGAACCAUAUUCACCACAUAAAUUAACAUUUGCAGAAUUAUAUAUCAAGACCAUUGCACAUAGUUCAAAAUGUUCCAAGAUAUUAAGAGAUCGUUUAUUAAAUGAUAUGAAUAUGAGUAUUCCAACAAGUAUGAUUUGUCUUUUGGUUAAUGUUGGUAGAAUGAAUACAACAAUUAAUUUUGUACCUGAUAUGAAAUCUCAAUUGAGAACUUAUCAUUCAAUUCCAUGUUUACAAGUUGAUUAUGAUGCAUCUGAAAAUAAAUUCAAUUCUACAGGGAAUGGAGGUGAUAAACAAUUACAAGAUACUCCAAGAUUAAAAUCCAUAUUAAAAGCAUGUUGUGAUGAUACUGAUGAACCAAAUGCUUUAAAUUUAUUAAAUGGAGUUGAUAAAUUCCCCAAGACAAAUGUUAUCAAUAUGAUUUUUUUACUUUGUAAUGCAGAAGAUACAAUAAAUAAAAGUUAUUUAGAAGAAUCUGGUUAUGGAUUUUUCGAUAUUUUUAUGAAUAGUGAAUUUGAUCCAAAGGAAAGAGUUAAAUUAUUUUUAUGGUUAAUCUUUGCAUAUUUAGAAACAGAUUUAAGUUCAUUACAACAACGUGAAAAAAAUCCAUUUGGUUUAGAAAUUCCAAUUUUAAAUAAAACUGAUAAAGAAUAUGAUGUUGAUACACCUGAAGAAGUUGAAUUUGGUAACAGAUUAUAUGAACAGAGAGUUAAAUUCUUAGCAGAAGAUUCAACUGAAGCAGGUGAUGAACAAACAAAGAAACAUGACAAGGUUGAUAAAAAGGAUAAGAAAGAUCAUACACCAGCAAAACAAAAUAAUAAAUUGGAUAAGACACCAGCAAAACAACAACAAACAAAACCUAAAGUUGAAUUGCAUCAAGACUCAAAUAUACAACAACACCAAAAACAAAAUACACCGCAACAUAAUAUUCAUUUACGACUACAACCUCAACAAGAACUUACAACUCAACAAUCUCAUCAACAAAAGCAAACAACAGUUCAACAUCAUAGUAAAAGAACAUUUCAAUUCCCAGUUUUACCUAAAAAUGAUAUUGAUACAGAUAGUGUAAGGAAAUCAUUGAAAUAUCUUGGUCGUAUAUCAGGUAAAAAGAGAACUAAAUUAGGACAAUUAAAAUUUGAACAUAAAAAAAUAGAAGAAGAAGAAAAAGCAGAAAAUUCAGAACCAAUCUUACCAUCAUCAGCUGGUGGUGCAACAAAUAAUAGAAUUAGAUUAAAAGAUUAUAAAGGUGAUUAUGCGGAAAAUAGUGAUAAAUUUAAUACACUGUUUAAUUUCUUGAAAAAUGAUUUUGUUGAGAUGGUUAAGGCUGAUACAAUUUCUGAAGCUGUUAUUACAUCUGAAUAUCAAGAUAUAAAUAAAGAUUUGACAUUAAGUAAGUUUAGUAUUGAUUUAUAG